GUCGCGUGUUCAUAGAUUUUGUAUUCUAGGACAUUGUGGCUUUCUGAACUGACACGGUCUAAAAGAAAUGUCCCUCAAGAAAGUCCUGCUGUGGAUACACACUUUCUCUGCUCCUGAUUCUCCUGCAAGAAUUCCUCCAAAUUCCCAGUGUCCCAUGUAUGAUGACAGAGAAGACCCUUUCUGUCCUUAAACAGAGCACUUGGGAACCUAAGCGGCUGGGCACAAGCCCCUGGAGGGAAAAAGGGACAGGAGCAUAGUACAGAGAGCGUAUCGUGGUAGAAUCAAAACGGGCUUUAAUGCUCUCCUUGGGACAAGGCUUGAGACAGUCUUCUUGAAGGCUAUCAGCAUUGAAGAGGUAUUUAUUAAUACGAGAAAAUGAUGUGUACAACAAGCCCAGUCGCCCGAGGACCUGGGCUCUCGGACAUGCAUCAAUACAGUCAAUGGUUGGCCAUUAGACACGAGGCAGAUUUGUUGCCCAUGAAGGAGGACAUUGCUCUUUGGUUAACCAAUAUCCUUGGAAAGGAGAUCACUGCAGAGACAUUCAUGGAGAAGCUGGAUAAUGGAGCACUGCUUUGCCAACUAGCAGAAUCUCUGCAGGAUAAAUUUAGGGAAAAAAACUCUGAUAUUAGGAAUCCAGACAAGUUACAGAGUAUUCCAUCGAAGAGGAUACCGUGUAGAGUCAAUGCUCCAUCCGGCUCAUUUUUCGCCCGGGAUAAUACAGCUAAUUUUUUAUCAUGGUGUCGGAGUAUUGGAGUCGGGGAAACCUGUUUGUUUGAAUCUGAAGGUCUGGUGCUUCACAAGCAACCCAGGGAAGUCUGUCUCUGCCUACUGGAACUGGGAAGGAUCUCGUCAAGAUUUGGAGUGGAACCACCUGGGCUAAUAAAGCUUGAAAAGGAGAUUGAACAAGAAGAAACACUUUCAGCACCGACCCCAUCUCCAUCUCCUUCUCCAACCAAGUCACCAGGGAGGAAAAGUACCGGGAAACUGUUAGAUGAUGCGGUUCAGCACAUUUCCCAAGAUCCACCGUGCAAAUGUCCUAAUAAGUUUUGCGUAGAGCGCCUUUCCCAAGGAAGAUACAAAGUGGGAGAAAAGAUCCUCUUCAUUAGGAUGCUGAACAAUAAACAUGUAAUGGUCCGAGUCGGAGGUGGAUGGGAAACGUUUGCUGGCUAUUUACUAAAGCAUGACCCAUGCAGGAUGCUGCAGAUUUCCCGCCUGGAUGGUAAAACCUCUCCGAUUUCAAACAAAUCACCCAACAUCAAAGACCUGAGCCCCGACACCUACCUGGUGGUAUCGGCAAACUACAAAUCCAAAAAGGAGAUAAAGUGAAUAUUAACGAGAAAGGCAGACACCAGAAAACUUGGGGGCCAAGGCCCAGCUCCAGCGUAGGUAUCAGGACCGCCAAAGCCCACCUUUCUUUCAUUGUUUAAUAGAUUUUGUAUCAAUGGUUGAUUGAUACAUUUCAUUUGCUGUUUUUCGCUUGGUGUUUGCCAUUCCUGUGCAAACUAGGUAAAUUUUAGUACAGUCAUCUCUGUAAAUCGAAAAUCAAGAACAUUGUGUAGUGACUUUGAUUAAUUCUUUUUUUUUUUAAAUAAAUACAUACUCUUAAACAUGUUUUGAUUAUUUUGAAACAGUUUGAAACUGUAAAGCUCUGACUUGUGUAGAUUGUUUUAUUACUUAGUAUCCCCCCUUCUUACAUAUUUCUGAUUGCUAUCAAGAAGUAAGACGUGGAUUGAUUUAUAUCAAUAAUUUGCUUCAUCUCUCUGCGCGAGAUAUUUUUGUUCCCUUUUUUAUGAUGAUUAUAAGAAAUUGCAAAAGAAUAAAACAUGUUUCUCAUUAA